UUGACCCGCAGGUCAAGGGGGGACAAAGUGAGCAAGGAGAGAGCUGUGGUCAUCUGUCCUGCUUCUCCUGAGAACUGAAAACGGGAUCUGGGCUCUGGCAGAAGAGAAGCUAUGGGCACAGAAUUCCUGUGCCUGCUUUACCUCGGGUUCUGCCUCAGCUAUGGAGAAGAAAGAAAGGAUGAGAAACUUCCCAAGCCCUCCCUCAGUGCCUUGCCCAGCUCUGUGAUCCAACAUGAAAGCAAUGUGACCCUGCAGUGCCAGGCUCAUUUCCAAAAUGUCACAUUCAUGCUGGGAAAGUUGCAUGACUCUGGGUACCAGCAAGAACACAGUUCAGCAGGAAAUGAAGCUGAAUUUUCCCUCACUGACCUGCAGCCUGAGGAUGCUGGGGACUACUUUUGUGCAUACAAGACAGCAGCCUCCCUCAAGUGGUCAGAACGGAGCCAGUACUUACAGCUGGUGAUCAUGGGGUCACUCCCAAAACCAUCCCUCUCAACCAGUACAGAUUCUGCCAUGACUCCAGGUCACAGGACCCUCCAAUGUCUGAUUCCAUACAAUGAAACCAAAUGUGUUGUGAUUGCUCUGCUGAAAAUGGGAAUCGCAGAACCAUUGCAACCCGAGAAAGUAGGAAGAAACCAAACUGAUUUUGUGCUCUGGAAUGUGACCAGCAAGGACAAUGGGAACUACAGCUGUAUAUACUACCAGUGUACCUGGCCAUACCUGGGAUCAACCCCCAGUCGCAGCCUGAAGAUCUGGGUAACAGAUGAACACAUUGAACCUGAAGCUCCCUCACCAAAGACAGAACAGUCUCAUCACCCACAGUGAAAUCCCAUAUCCAUCAAGCAGUCACUCCCUGUCUACUCCUCUCCCACCAGUCUUGGUGACAAAGCUAUCUUUCUGGCCAUCUUUAGCUGCCUCUUCUCGUCUCUCCUAUUCCUUUCCAUCUUCCUCAUCUGCAGAUACUUUCAGCAUGGUGAGUUUGGAGAACAGCUAGUGAGAGUGGGGAAGGAGAAAAGGGUUUCUCAGGAGGUCAGUUCCUCCUUGCAUCUUUUUAUAGGUUCAUCAUCACAUGAAGAAUCCUCCAAGAGGUAGGUGGACAUCCAGUACUUGGCCAGCCUGAUGCCACACUUACUUCCCACCCCAUUCUUCAGAGACCUUCUGUGACCAUCUUCCUCACCUCUUCAUAGCCCCUUCCCUCUCCCUCAAAU